GUCAAUGGCCAGAAGACGACGUCCGACAGAUAUCGCACAGUCCUCAAUCCCGCCAACAAGCAAGCCCUUGCCUCAGUGCCCGUCGCCAGUCGUGAGCAGCUGGACGUUGCUCUGGACGCUGCCUCAGACGCCUUCCCCUCAUGGGCGGCGACGCCCGUCGAACAGAGGCAGGCAGCCGUGCGGCGCCUCGGCCAGAUGCUUCGGCAGUUCAUGCAGGAUUUCAAAGAGCUCCUUACUAAGGAACAAGGGAAGCCCAUCGAGACGCACUCAGGCUGGGAGCUCGCUGGGGCAGAAGCGUGGUGCCAUGCGGUGUCGACAAUGUCGUUGCCGGAAGAGACAGUGCUAGACGACUCAGAGAGAGUAGCGGUGGCACGUCACGUCCCCCUUGGAGUUGUGGCAGCGAUCAUCCCGUGGAACUUCCCGGUCCUGCUUCUCAUCUGGAAGGUCGCCCCAGCGCUUGUGGCUGGCAAUACGGUCAUCGUCAAGCCCUCGCCAUAUACGCCCUUGUGCGCUCUGAAGUUUGUUGAACUUGCUCAGCAAGUUCUGCCGCCUGGGGUGCUUUCUGUGCUGAAUGGGGAUGACGACAUGGGUCCGUGGCUCACAAGCCAUCCGAAGAUAGCGAAGAUCGCCUUUACGGGGUCGACCGCGACAGGCAAGCUCGUGCUACAGAGCGCAGUUGGGAGUUUGAAACGAGUUACCAUGGAACUGGGCGGUAAUGAUCCUGCGAUAGUCCUCCAGGAUGUGCGCCCGAAAGCAGUGGCCAUGGAUCUCUUUAAGUGCAUGUUUAAUAACGCCGGUCAGCUAUGUGCGGCUGCGAAGCGGGUCUAUAUCCACGAGCAGAUCUAUGACGAGGUUCGAGACGAACUAGUGUCAAUCGCCCUAACAGCCAAAGUCGGGGACGGACUAGAUCCCGCCACCGCUUUGGGGCCCAUCCAGAAUCCCAUGCAGUACGAGAAAGUCAAGUGCUUUAUUGCGGACUGCAAAGCCAACGGCUACACGUUUGCCGUAGGCGGGGAGAUCGACCCGAACAGUCCAGGCUAUUUCAUCCCCAUCACCAUCAUAGACAAUCCACCGGAUGAUUCGAGGAUAGUCCGAGAAGAACCCUUUGGACCGAUUAUUCCCAUUAUGAAGUGGAGCGACGAGGAGGAGGUAAUCCGGCGGGCCAACGAUACUGAAUACGGCUUAGCAGCGACCAUCUGGACUAACGAUAUGGAAAAGGCUAACCGAAUCAGUCAACGCCUCGACGUUGGGACAGUCUGGGUAAAUGACUUCCCUUACAUCCAUCCGUCCGCGCCUUUCGCGGGACACAAAAUGUCCGGCUUCGGCGUCGAGAACGGCAAGCUCGGUUUGCAGGAGUACACCUCGACACACGUCACGUACCGGAGCAAGGUUGUCAAGUAUUGA